UCCAUCCAAAUUAAUUAACGUACGAAAUAGCAACAUGUCGAUCUCUAAACCUGAACAAAAGCCUCUUCUGCCAAACCCAUUUCAGUUGAGUAACAUUGAGCUCAUUGAGAAAGUGUACGCAUCCCACACUUACGAUGACGAAGUGUUUGAUAGUGAGCCCCUUUUCAACGUGGUGUCCAGCGUUAUCAAGCUAUCAAGUAGAGUUGUAGGGGCUAUUCUCAAGAUCGAUGAGCAAAAUGGUUUUGCAGGAAAUGCUAUUGCCAUAAACAUUUCCAAACCAGAAUUCUCAAAACUGAAGCUCAUUUCCUGUCAUAUGAUAACAACCCCUUGGGGGAUGGAGAACGCACACCAAACAACCCUAAGGAUUCUUCAACAACUGAGAACCUUCUCGUGGGAUGCAAAAGUGUUGGUAGCUCUAGCCGGUUUCGCUUUGGAGUAUGGAAACUUCUGGAACCUUUAUCAGGCAUCAGACCCUCUGGGGAACUCGUUGAAAGUGCUGAAUCAGGUUCAGCAUAGACAGCUUCCGGUGGUUGAUCUNUUUGUUUUUAAACCUAAAAAACAGGUUAGCAUCGAAGUGUUUAGGAAGAAACACGUGUUGCUGUUCAUUUCUGGCUUGGACAGCAUCAGAGAUGAGAUUCGGCUGCUGCAAUCAAUCUACGAGGGAUUGCAAGAAGAUCCUAAGGAAGUGAAAGGAUACAGGAAAGAGGACUUCAGGAUCUUGUGGCUGCCCGUGGUGGAAGACUGGAAUCUUCUGCACAGGGCAGAGUACGAUAGUCUGAAGCUAGAAAUGCCAUGGUACGUGGUGGAAUACUUCUUUCCCUUAGCAGGAAUCAGACUCAUAAGAGAGGACUUGAACUACAAGAACAAGCCCAUCAUCCCUGUGCUGAACCCUCAGGGAAGGGUUGUGAACUACAAUGCCAUGCACAUGAUUUUCGUGUGGGGCAUCGAUGCCUUCCCCUUCAGACCGUCUGACGAUGAUGUCCUUACCCAGAAGUGGAACUGGUUCUGGGCCGAAAUGAAGAAAGUCAAUCCCAGACUCCAAGACAUUAUCAAAGCGGACAGUUUCAUCUUCAUCUACGGAGGCAAUGACAAGAAGUGGAUGCAAGAGUUCACACUGGCAGUGGAGAAAAUCAAAAGGCACGAGAUCAUCAAGAGGGCAGACGCAGUGAUAGAGCACUACCCAUUCGGAAAGGAAGAUCCGAGGAUCGUUCCUCGGUUCUGGGUUGGCAUAGAGAGCUUGUUCGCGAACAUGAUUCAGAAGACACACAAGGACCCGACAAUUGACGAGAUAAAGAGCUUGCUGAUCCUGAAACAGAAGCAACCAGGGUGGGUUCUGCUGAGCAAAGGGUCGAACGUGAAGCUUCUGGGGAAAGGGGAAGCAAUGCUGGCGACUGCAGGAGAUUUUGAAAUAUGGAAAGAGAAGGUGCUUGAGAAAGCAGGAUUUGACGUUGCUUUCAAGGAAUAUUACGAGCACAAGCGGCGCGGUUACCCUCAGGAAUGUUCCCACAUGCAGUUGGCUAACUACCCUGCUGACAUUCUCCACCCUAUUAACUGCCCUGAUACUGGUUGUGGCAGAUCCAUGGAGAUUGCUUCUGUCAGUUACAAGUGCUGCCAUGGUCAAACUCACAACCAGGCUGAAGUUCCUGAGAGUGGCGAUGUCAUGAUUGAGAAGAAGUACGCUUCUUAAUCGAUUCAUCGUCAUGAGUUUUGUGGAAUUCACUUCUUGCACUGCUGCUUUAUUAUCAUCUUAUCAUUUUUAUACGUGUCAGCUGUUGCCAUGAAGCCUCUUCUGUGCCCUUCUGUGGUUGAAAAUAAUGGCUUCAAACAGCUUCUGUUUGUUUUUCUGAAUUGAUUUUGAUUCAAUUUAAGAGAUACCUUGGGCUUGCACAAAA